CAUCCUGUCACUCAGAGUCUACAAGAGAAGAUCCGACCGCGACAAAACACUCAUAUGCGUUCUUAAUAAAUGAUGAAAUCCUUCCCUGCCCAUGGAAUUCCCACAUACAGAAAACGGAACGGGAGCACACUGUCAACAAUGAACCCGGGGCCUCGGCUGAUAGAAUAUCCUUAACUUUGUAUCAUCCCUCGAUAUCAUGGCCCAGGUGAACGACAGUGUCUUAAUAAUUGGCGCGGGGGUCUUUGGUAUCUCCACAGCAUAUCACCUUUUAAUCAGAGGAUUCACCGACGUAACAGUCAUCGAGAGAGGAGAGUCGUUGCCCCCAGCCGAUGGAACGAGUAAUGACUUCAAUAGGAUUGUACGCACGUCCUACAACGACCCUUUUUAUGCCAAUCUCGCUCACGAUGCUAUUCAAUCGUGGAAGAACCAAGAAUUGUUUGGAGACAGUUAUCAAGAAUCAGGUGUUCUUGUUCUUGGUUCCGCGACUUCCUACGUACAUCAAUCGUAUGAAGGCGAUGUAGCGCUGGGUUUGCGCUUGAAAACACUAGAGAAUGCUGACGCUAUUCGGGGUAUCUUUCCAGACGGCGUCAAGGUAGGGUCCUUUGAUAAGGUCACUGGAUACCUCAACUUAGACGGCGGAUGGGCUCAUGCAGCGAAAGGCGUUUCUGCUUUGACUGCAAAGGUUAUCCAACUGGGAGGAAAGGUGCUUCCUGGAAAGACUGUCAGUGAGCUCUUAAAGGAGAACGACAGGACUGUGGGCGUGCAGUGCAAGGAUGGAUCUUCCUUCAGAGCCAAGUAUAUUGUCAUCGCUACUGGUGCUUGGACACCCUCCGCUUUUCCAGAGCUCAAUCUUCAGGACAAAUUUGUGGCUACAGGACAAUCUGUUACGAUGGUUCAACUUACCCCUGAAGAGGCAAAGACUUAUAGAGAUAUCCCUGUUGUGCUAGACUUCGAUUCGGGGUUUUACUGCUUUCCGCCCAGUGCAGAUAAUAUAGUCAAAAUGGCUAUCCACUCUCGCGGGUACACACAUACCAAAGAUGCGAUAUCAACGCCUCGUACAGUGGUCUCUGAUGGGGAAGAUGGACUUCGUAUUCCAAAGGCCGAUCUCAAUGAACUCAGAGUUCGAUUCAGAGAAGUUUUCCCCGAGCUUGCCGACAAAUCACUGCUUCGCACCCGACUGUGCUGGUAUACAGACACUCAGGACGGGGAUUGGGUAAUCGGCUCUCAUCCAACGGAUAGCGCUUUGAUUUUUGCGACUGCAGGCAACGGACACGCUUAUAAGUUCCUUCCUGUGAUUGGUCGACUCGUUGCAGAUGCGCUUGAAGGAAAAACGGAACCUACGGCGGGGAAGAAAUUUGCAUUCGAUCGCGAGGCGGAUCACAGUGAUCAUUCAAGAGCGGGCACCGAACGACAAGAGCUGGAUCUGGAUCAGUUAUGCACGUCGGAAGAUCUGGCUCGUAGAGUUUGAGCGCCAGCAUACAGAUUAGAAGUAAAUCGUGGUCUAUAGUAUAAAAUACAUGGAACUGCAAU